AUGCGUAGGAAUUUCCGAACCAGAGCUUCGGGGGAGACGCCUGCAUCGGGAAGCGGUGGUUCAGAAGGGUCAGUUUCGAAUUCCGAGCCUCAUUCUCCGAGCCUCUGGGCGAAGCUCGGGCAGAGUUUCAAUCUGCAAGGAGUCACGGCUGUGGCGAGCGUGGCCGUUUCGAAUCCGAGCCUCGCCGUGCCGCAUGUGUCCGUGCCUGAUAUCAGGUGGAUUGACUGGAAGGCCGUUCAUGCAGCCGGGUUCAAGGCAGUGGUGUUUGACAAAGAUAACACACUCACACUCCCGUACAAAAUGCAGGUGGAGGAUGGGCUGGUAGCUUCCCUGGAUGUGUGCCGGGAGACAUUCGGAUCCAGAGGCAUUGCCAUCCUGAGCAAUUCUGCAGGGUUGAAGCAGUACGACCCUGACGGCUCCCUGGCAGCAGCAAUGGAGCAGGCCCUGGGGGUGCCUGUGAUUCUUCACACGGAGAAGAAACCUGGUGGAGGAGCAGCAGAGCUGGAAACACAUUUCGGAUGCAGGGCAGAUGAGAUGGUUAUGGUUGGAGAUCGGUGUCUGACAGACAUUGUGUUUGGCAACCGCAACGGGCUUCUCACUGUUUUGACGGCUCCACUUUCUCCAGGGGAAGAUCCCUUAGUUGUCCGGCAGGUGGGUACAUCUCUUUUUGUGGUACGACAAUGGUAG